AUGAAGACUUGGUAUGCCUGGCUGGCGCAGUCAGCGGUCGCGAUCGCAGUCACCGGCGGUGGCAGCGCGAUGGCUCCGUCCGAGCCGGAGGCUGAGGCGGAGCCCAGCCACCGAGGGGCGGAGGACUUUUACGAGAGUCGCGAGUAUGCUGCGCAAGUCGCCGCUGCAGCCGCGGCCGGACAGGACAUGGCCCCCCUCCUCCCACGAGAGAAGCUCAAGCCGGCGGAAGUCAAAGAUGUGGACGGUGAGCUGAAGCUUGUCGUGCAACUGAUGCCGCAGGAGAUCAUCAAAUGGAAGGAUAUCAAGCUUGUCAAACCCAUAUCGAUGGGAAGCUUCGGAGAGGUCUUCUUAGCCAGGUUGAAGAACCUCGAUGUGAGUGUGAAGAGAAGCCUGCUGCGGCCAGAUGGUUCGAUGACACCGGAGCAGCUGCGGAACUUGGAGCGGGAGAUCAACUCCUACAGGAAGCUGAAUCAGACCCAGGCGCCAUGCAUUGUCAAGUACAUCGGCUGCAUUCUCGAGCAUCCGAAUCUGGCUGUCGUCACGGAGUGA